CCCAUAUGAUAUGCUUAUUAGAUAUCGCCGCCUACUGGCCGAAUGAUCGUCUUCGAAGUUGAGGCGCUGCCCAAACUCUUCCAUGUUGGAUUACAUGCCUGAUGCGGUGCUUCUGUUGGUCUGAACCCUUUAGUGGGCCCCGAUCACAGUGAAAACACUUGGCAUUUACUCUGACAAAGUGUGCUACGGGCAUCACCGAGGGCCCAGCGUACCGUCUGAACGCCUCGAGGAGGGAAGUUUCUCCGAAAUACUACAUCGAUAUGGGGGUUGGCCGGGGAGUCCUUAUAAGUCUGCUUUGUUGGUCCUAUUCCUGGUAACAAGGUCGCUUUCAUUGAUGGAACGAACGGUUCACGACGCCUAACACGCGAUGCCUUGAAAGAGAUGUGUCUGUCGCUGGCGUAUGGGUUACGGAACAGCCUGGCGAAGAAGGGCGCCCAUCCCCUGCGUCGGGGCGACGUAGUCACGGUAUUCAGCCCCAACACCUUAGAGUAUCCCGUCAUGUUACUGGCUGCCACUGCUGCGGGCAUUAUUGUAUCUCCCACAAAUGCUACCUUCACGGCGCAAGAACUCGCUUAUCAGUACACCAACUCAACCUCGAAGCAUGUUUUCGUCGAUCCUACUUUGCUCCCAACCGUUCUUCAAACAUUCAAGAGCAUUGGGGUCUCCGAGGACGAGGCAAAAAGACGCAUUGUACUCAUGGCGUUUUCGGACCGUAUUGACGAGAGCCUGAAAAACUGGAUCAAACUAGACGACUUAAUUGGACCGCAGAAAGCCGAGCCCGAGCCUUUCGACGGCAUGCAAAGCAAUACGACUCUGUUUCUUCCCUACUCUUCCGGCACAAGUGGGCUUCCGAAGGGCGUGGAGACUACUCACUUCAAUGUGAACUCGAUUGUAACCACAGUGUCUGUUUCUGAGAUAUACGACUCCGACACUAUUCUUGCCAUACUACCUUUCUUCCACAUCUAUGGGCUUGUUCAAAGUCUGAUGUUCAACAUAUUUCGUGGCUCCCCGACGGUCAUUCUUCCGCGUUUUGAACUGAACAGCUUUUGCCGCACAAUUGAAAAGUUCCGCAUUACGUUCGCCUACGUCGUACCUCCCAUACUGGUAUUGCUUGCCACGCACCCGCUUGUGGACAAAUUUGACUUCAGCUCUUUGCGCUUAUUCUUCUCUGGCGCUGCACCACUAUCAGCAGAUCUCGCGUUGCGUGCCCAGAAUCGCCUGCGAGCACGAGGCGGUGGAAACGUAUUGAUCAUGCAAGGUUAUGGCUUGACUGAAACGACUUCCACUUCGCAUCUCAUGAUUACGUGGGCAAUCAAGCCUAAGGCAGGCUCUAUCGGCAGAGCUUUACCGAAUAUGCAGACUCGCAUUGUAGGCGAGGACGAGCAGACCGACGUUGAACCCGGCCAGCCAGGUGAGCUUUGGAUCAAAGGUCCCACUGUCAUGAGGGGAUAUUGGCGAAAUGAAAAGGCUACCAAAGCGACUAUCACGCCCGAUGGCUGGUUUAAGACGGGAGACAUUGCCGUUAUUGAUGAAGAUGGGUUCUACUUCGUUGUUGAUAGAAAGAAAGAGUUGAUCAAGUAUAAGGGAUCCCAAGUUGCCCCCGCUGAACUCGAAGGUCUAUUGUUAUCCCAUCCAAAAGUGCAAGACGCAGCUGUCAUCGGCCUGAUGUCAGAAGCUGAAGCCACUGAAGUACCAAGGGGAUACAUCGUACCCAAAGGUGGACUGGGCACCCUCGAUGCACGGGGACAGGCAAAGCUAUCCAGUGAGGUACAGGAAUGGGUGAAGGGCAAGGUCGCUCAUCACAAGUACUUGAGAGGCGGUGUGGUGUGUAUCGAGACUAUUCCGAAAGGUGCAUCGGGAAAGAUCCUCCGGCGUGUGCUUCGCGAUAUGGAAUCAGCCCCGAAGGCUAAGCUGUAGCGCUCCAAAUCAUAGGAGUAAGAUGGCGCAUAUCGGCGUUUCUCCAAAUACAGGAGAAAAACAUGUCCGAUAUGCGCGAUUGACAUUGUGGCAUACGAAUGCUGUCAUGGAUUGCGUAUCCUUAGUUCUGUGUGUUUCCUCUACAUGUACGAUAGGGCAUGUGGAUCGCCAGAGUUGCUAAUAAGGGUAGUGUAUUGCACGAC